GACUGCACAUUUCCGAAACACAAAAACAACAAAUUGUAAACAGUAAAGGCAAGAACUGCAAGGCAAAUUAUUUUUUGAGGUUAUGGAAAGUGUAAACAUUAGGAUGUUAUAUUCGUGGUUAUAAUAAUUACACUGAAGGGUAAAGUUUGACUGUACAAAAACGGGCGCUGUUUUCACUUUCCAAUAAUGUCUAGACUUGGGGCUUUGUAUUUAACAAAACAUACUGGACCUAAACAUACAGCAACUGUGAUAGUUUUUCAUGGCUCAGGUGGAAAUGGCGAAAACAUGAAAGAAUGGGUCAAUCUUAUGACAAAAAAGUUUGUUUUUCCACACAUAAAGGUCUUAUACCCUACUGCGCCUCUACAGCCGUACACUCCCUCUAAUGGUAUGAUGAGUAACGUAUGGUUUGAUAGAACAGAUAUUAGCUUGUCUGCUCCAGAAAUGUUAGACUCAUUGGACAGGAUAAAGUUAGACGUCCUACAGCUUAUAAAAAAAGAGAAUGAACUAGGAAUACCCAACAACAGGAUUAUUGUAGGUGGUUUCUCUAUGGGUGGUGCAUUAUCUUUUCAUAUUGGCUACAGAUGGGUAAAAGAUUUGGCUGGAGUUUUUGCAUUCAGCUCAUUCUUGAAUGAAAAGUCAAUAGUUUAUGAGGAAUUGAAAGGAUCCCAAUUUAAAGGGCCGCCACUAUUUCAAGUCCAUGGAGACAGUGAUAUGAUGGUGGAUUUGUCUUGGGGCCACUACACUCAUGAUACACUCACAUCACACGGAGUACAAGGCGAAUUCCACGUUUUGCAGAAGCUUGGACACUCACUCAAUAAGAGGGGUAUGAACAUGAUAAAAGAUUGGAUUGACAAAAUACUCCCCGAUGAGUAAUUAAUGAUUUUUUUCCAACACAGAUGUCAGAGGCUUGUCCACCAAAGAAAAUAAUGUAUAAAACAUAGUAUGUAUUAUAUAUUAUAUUGUUAUGUCAUAUUAUUACAAAAUUAAUAAUUAAUAUUAUAAUAUGUGAUUUAACCCUUAACUGGUAUCGGGGGUCAAAAGUUACCCCAGGCGUUCGAAUUUUCUAUGAUAUCUUUACUAUUUAAACAUGUACACUCGGAUGACGAACGUACGUGGCUCUACUGUUGCUGAAAGCGGAGUAACAUACAGUGCUGGGGUCAGAAAUUACCCCCGAUACCAGAAGUGUACUUAUGUUUUUUUCAACAGUACCUUGUAAUGAUUUUUAAUAAUUUUUUCGAUAUAUCGGGGAUUUUAUACCAAAAUUAGCUUUUAUGAAAUAAGUACUCGAAAUCUAAUUCAGAAACUACCCAGAAAACUAUUAUAACAGUCUGCAAAGUUAAAUAGUUUACGAUCG